GGAAAAGUACUUAGCCUUGGGCCUCUGUAAACAGUUGUCAUCCUUCAUGCUGAGCGUACUGCUCACACGCUGACCCGGGCAGCUUAUCAAACCAUCACAGAACAUACAAGCUGAAACGCUAAUCAGUAUUCUUCCGAAUGUCAGGACACCAGGGCCUGCAUUCACGUCCGAGUCGUCCAAUUGGCUCAAGACCUUUACAGAGACGCCUGCUUUCCUCCGAUUUACAGAAGGAGUUUGUGGUCACUUCCCGGUCAUCAUCAGGCAAGAGCCAACAGCCCGAGGCAUCCGACGUCACGGAAGGCGUUGGAAGCUCGCAGAUAGUUCCUGCUCGUGUUCCGUCCAAAGUUCCUACAUUACAACUCACCUGUUUUGAGAAAGGCGACGUCAGCGACCCGUUCCUAGUUCUACAUGGUUCAGAAACUUGGAUGGGAGAGCCUUCAGUUGAGUCUCCGAGGUCGUACGUGGACGACGAGCAGAGGUUGGCGCGCUCAGUGGGAGGCAGCAUUUCCAGCCCUUUGCAAAAGAAGUCCUUCUCCCCUGCGUUGACCCACGCUUUCAAGACGUCAAGUUUGUCUUCCAGCGCUCGCCCGCCUGCCACCGAACGAUUUGACUCAGGGAACGCUCCGACCCGAACUCCUUCAAAGGUCCGCUGGGAGAAGCUGCGGCAACAUGUUUUGGCAGCACCUCGUCCAGCCUCGCCUCCGUCUGCACGGAUAGUUCAAAGCCCUGCCCGAUUACAGACGCCCAAGCUCUCUCGCUUUCCGCGGCUUGGUUUCCGACAAGUUGUAGAGCAUGCACGCGAGACUGCAGUGGACGACUCUCUCAGGUUUGCAGAUGAACUACUCCAAAUUUGUUGGUCCAUUCGUGUUCCGGAUCCUUCACGACAGAACAAGAAUGAGCGAGAUGGGACGUUGGGCACAAUUAGCUCUUCAUUGCACCUCCCCUUCGUGUCGAGUACGACUCUGAACUCGCUUGCAACUGGGAGUACUAUGGUGCAGACUCAGAUCAUUCAGAAAGGGCUUAAUACCAAAAGGCCUCCUUCCACAGUGUCAGGAGGACAGAACUUCUCGCUUGUCAUGACGCUACAUGAGACCAUCCUUCGUUAUGCGUCGAAGAACUCGAAUUACCUUCCUCACGAGACUCUGGUCCUUUCCGCCCUGUUGACGCCAUUUUUAUCGAGCGAAAGCAAUCAGAACGUGGACGAGGACCGGUGGACUGCAAUCGAAGCUUUCGAGGUUGCUGUCCAGACUUGGCAAGCAACGUCGGAUGAUCUUACUAUCGAGAGAUGUAUUUGGUGUUGCGACGCUGCUUCCAUACCCUCCUUCCUUCGAACUCGCGUUCUCAGCGUUCUUACAUCCCUCCUGUUUCCCCGUACAGGCCCCAUUGAGCUCCAGAACGCUCACGCGUUCCUUUCUCUAGUACAAGCGCUAAUCAUGACGUUGCUCCAGACGCAAGAAGACCAAGAAGCGGCUAUCUUAAGGGACAUCAUCUUGCAGCUUCGCAGCGGGAAGUGUGGGAGCAUAGCGGGCUUUCUUGCUGCAGCUGAGAUUGAUGGCUCUCCAGUGAUGUUGGUCGGUGUGAGCGAGUCGGAAGUAAGGGAAGCUUUGGUCGCUGAAGCAGUGGUCCGAUGUUUUGAUCACGGACCUCUACCGAUGAAGCGAAAGGUCUUGCAUGAGCUCCUCCAGGAGUUCUGGACACCCCCGCCCGUCUCAGGACCCUUUUUGCCUAUGAUUUCAGCUAUCCGUUCCCGAGUUGUGAUAACAUUCGCUCAUACUGCAUCUCUCCUUUGUGUGUCCGCCCAGUUGGAGCAUGUGGACAUGCAGAGCGUCUUGCACGUCCUCAAAUCGUGUGUAGUUCCUGAGAUGACGUGUCUGACCGGGAAACGGGCAUCGGAUGCCCGUGCCAGCGUGUCUCGGUUUCUGAUAGAGUUACUCUGCCUUGAAAGUGUUACUCACGAGUUGUUUGGUAUCAUUUGCGGCCUCACCGUGCAGCUGCUGGACACGCCUGAGUGGAAGACAUCGUUAGAAAACAUGAUGCAACAAUUUAUUGCUGAGGGCGAAUGGCUGGCAAUAAUUAGAAUUUUGACCGCGCUGUUUCGCUUACCAGAUGAGCUUCGCGGUCAGUUGUUCACGUUGGCCAUACCGUGUUUGCAAGAGAGAAUAGUAGCAGAUCCCCCACCUCUACAUAUCCCGGAACUCACGAGCGUCCUAGACAAGGCGUCGCGCACAUAUCCUCAAGUAUUCUUCAAACCGCUUUUCACAUGUGCAGCGUCUUCCAAGGUGCUCACGAUCGUCCAUCAACUUGGAGUCAUUGCUGCUAUCUCGGUGUUCCUUCCCGACUUCUGGACGAGAGAUACGGAGAUGAUAUUGGUGGCGCUAAUGAAUGAGCCCACUGCCGUUUUACAGUCUGGUUCCAAGAGGAAGUGGGCGCAAGCAAGGCCCGGGCAGAUGAUCAUACUAGUUGAGCUGAUUGCGCGCGUCAAGGCGGUACCACGAAUCAUCAAAGACUUUUCUCAUACUGAUGACUCAGACAUUGCUCCAACUCGGUUUUUCAGUAUGCUUGAAGCGCGUUUAGGCGUUCUACUGGAAACGAAAGAACGAAUUACUCCACUACCACUAUCCAUGCGGUUGCUCUAUCUGAUCUUGUUCACUGAAAUCAGACUGCUCACACGAUCUGUAAAGCGUCCAACCUGGCUGCAAUUAUCGAUUAGUUGGUGGCUACAGUCGCAUAUUGGAGCUGUGGUGGAUGAAGAUGGACCUUUGGUUGUAGAUGAAGACGUGUUCAGCGACGUCUCACAAGUGCUCGAUAGAGUCAAACAUAUUUACGCCUCCACACAGGAGAGCCUUCGAGUAUCUUAUCAGCGCCGAAGCACAAUGCUCCUGUUUCCCAGCACCAGCGAUGUUUCUGGGGACAGUACUGAACGUAGGACUGUCCUCAUGGACGUGUUCCAUGAGAGAAUGGUAUUAUUGUUGUCCCUGCCACAAUCCCUCGCCCCUCAAGCUCUCGAUUUAUUGGUGGUGAUUUCUGCCUGCCUUACGUCGGAGGAUUACUCGCUCAUGGGACCUUACUUGUGGGCACGAGGUUUUGACCGGGCGGAACCUCGGGCAGUGCUUUCGGCUUCUUUUCUGGUCAUGCAAUGUGCGGAGAAGGCCCCACAAAGCGUACUUGAACUCAUCAGGAACGACCUGCAGAAUGAAGACAGUCCCGUGAAGAUCGCCGCAAUCCAACGAUUGGAUAUACUGCUGAAUAUGCGCUUCCAGAUUCUAUCCCAGCCUUUUUUGUUGGAUAAGAACCGUCGUCGACCGUUCAAGUUAGCUCGCGACCCAUUGCCGUUUGUUUCAACCGACAUCGGUUCAAGCCUCUUUGUCCCAGACCAGGAGGAUGAUGAUCGCGAAGAUAUGCCCAAAGAACUUCGUAAACGCUUAGCCGAAGUGGGAUGGUUGGAUGAAAAACGACCAACGGACCAGAAACGCGAAUGGGUGAGGACGCCAUUAUCACUCCUGCCCAGUAAUCUUCAAGAUAGAAACGCUGGCGCCACGGAGCGGCUUCAGUCUUCACCCGUACUAUCCCCCAUAUCAUCGCCGACCAAACCUCGUUCCAAUAGUGAUGUUUCAGAUAGCCACCUCAGUAGAAGAUUGUCAGACCCUACAAAUCGUGGCGUCAAGCGACGCGCGGUUUUUGUUCCUGCGCUUGGGAUUCUAUUCCCUCAACUGGUCUCUCUGACUCUCGAUUCUUGCAUCGACGUCUCAUGCGCGGCUCGUGACAGUAUUAUGGAUUUACUACGACAUGAGCCUGCUCUUCUUAUUCGACCCAUCCUCGAUUUGCUUUCCAGCAAUAAUGAAGAAGCGGCCACGACAGCUGUCCGAGGGUUGUUACAUCUAAAUCAGCACCUCCCUCCCGCCAUGGCUCAUUAUACAUUCAAUCAUCUUUCGGGAUACCUUAAAUUCAUUGCUCGCGAAGUUACUUCGACAGACGCACUUCGCAACUUCGCUCUUACUGCUGCUCUAUUGUCGAACCUAGUCACGCAAGUUAGCGAGAUGUCCAUAAGGGAGAUUCGGCGAGCGAAGAUGGAUUUGUUCCUCAUUCCCUCCGGGACCUUGUGGUUUACGGCGUCAUCUCCCCCUGGCCCAAUGUUUCCGAAAGCUCAGUGUCUCAGUGAAACCCCAUUUGAAGUUCCACCAUCCUUGGUAUCAAUCACAAUGAUCCGCGUAGCUCAGAAUCGGUUGUUUCUAUCCAUGUUAAAUCGAAAUCCGCAAGAUGUCCAAGUCAUUCGGAAGACUGUGGAACACAUCGUUCUGCCGUCAAUGGAUGCCCCGACAGCAGCGCAAUUUCUGGAGCUGUCAGAUUUCGUACCACAGAAGUUGUUUGCACAACGAGAUGGCCCGGAGCAAAUUCUGACCACGCUUUCCUUGAUGCUUUCGCGGAGUCAUCUUCUCCUCAUAGCCCAAAUUUUCAGAUCCAUGUCGAGGCAUCUUAGCGACCGCAGCGAGCUGAUCGUCUUCAUAGAUGGUCUGAAUCGAAUCUUGCUCAGACAUGGAGAUGAUAUUGGGAUUGUAAGCCAGUCGUUGAUCGCGUUAAUGGUGGCGAGUGCCCGCUUCAGGCGUCUCUUCACGUCCGGUGGCGGCUAUUCCCUCUUUAUGUUAUCUGUCGUGAAAGUGUAUACAGAGCAGGAGCAUCAUCAGGGAAUCCGGCAGGCUAUCGAGUAUGCUAUCAGUCGCUUCUACGCUUUUCACCAGGAGGCUUUUGUCUUCCAAACACUAGACGUAGUUGUACACGCCCUCUUGGAACCAACUUGCGAUAGCUCUUGGCUGGUGGACAGCGUCUUUCGGAUGCUGUCUUCACUGAAUCGUAGCAAUCCGAUGACGGGCCCAGAUGCUUCUGGCAUUCGAAACAUGAAUAGACAGCAGGAGAAGGAAGCAUUGAUGGUCACCACCGCCGAUGAAAAGCCUCAAACAUUCAUGGCUGCUAUCCGAAGGGUUGGUAGUCAGGAUUCGCAACAACUGAUUAUCAACCUUCCCGAGGAGUACGAGAUGAGAUCACUUGAUAUGGACAAUCUCGUACGCUUGCUGUUAACUGUCAUUGGUCACGACCCUUCCAUCGCCAGGGCCCACAAUUUCCUGUUACUACUGAAGUUGUCGACGCCUGCACUGUACAAUGCUUCCAGAUCAGCGAGGAGCGUGCUUCGUGACGGUAUUGACGCGGUUGGAACGAUCAUCCUACGCGCAGUCGCGAAGGCUAGACUUCCUGAAUCAUUGACGAUGCAGUCAGUGGGCGGCCUGGCUACGGAGGUAUCUCAGGAAGAGGCUGCUCUAGUAGACAAGCUCCACAAGAAAGCGAAGGCGCCGAGCGAUCUCACAAGUAUGCGGAUGGAAUAUCUCGGACUGGCACUCGCUUUCGUUAAAGCUGGCGGUCAAUUGCCCAACACUGCAACGGAAAAGGUUUUCGAUAUCGCGAGAGUUCUUCUACGAGAAGCAUCGCACGCAGCAGAUGAAGUCGUGAAUUUCCUAUGCCAGUAUUCAAAGGCCAGUGUUGUUGAUCGUACACCCAGCCCCAAGGAAGCAAUUUCACUUCUUGAGGACCUUGCUCCUAUCAUGAGCGCCUAUGGGUCGGCCAUCAAUUUUGCUGGUAUUUACGAGAUCAUCUCUCAUCUAAUCUCUGACAACCCACUCACCAACGACGUCGUAUUCUCCGGUUUGGUGGUGACACAAAUAUGCAGGAGUGGGUUGGAGUCUCAGGCAGGUUGGAACUCUGAGGAUAAGCACUCUGCUAUGCCAUCUCCAUUUCGAAAGGCCGAUGUGAUUGCUGAGAUCGAGAAACAGUUUCCAUCACAUAAAUUCUUGUCUACCGUCGUUUUCAGGCUCGUUCUUUCGCUUGAAACGUCUGCUUCAGCCUCGCCGGUGGGAGAUCACGAUACAUGGCUGCGUGGCGCCCGCACUAGUGCAUGGUUGCGGCUUCUUUCCUACGCGAUGGCGGCUUGUGAAAAACCAGGCCGGUCCCGACAACCAACCUCCCCGCUAGAACGAAGGAAAUCUGAUGAUAAACGUCGUUCCAAAUCAUCCAACAAAGAACAGGUCUUGACGCUGAUAGCUGCAAUUCAAAUCAUCAAAGUGAUCAUCGUCAGAGCUCGAGAUGACCUCUCUGAAUCUCUACCCUCAGUAUGGACCCGGCUUGCUUCCCUCUUUAGAUCUCUUGUUUCUGAUGGAGACGCGCGGUUUGCCUUGGAAUCCUCUGAGCAAUCUGCCCCACCUUCCCCCAUCCACUCACCUCAGUCAAGCUUUAACAUCGAUCCUUUCAAUGCUCCGGAGUCUUUCCUCACGCCGUCCGUAUCCUUUAAUGCCCGCCGCCCGCCUCCCCCAGGUAAACCACGAGUCAUCGACUACGCGCUCUGGUCUCUCCUAGAGCUCCUUUCUCGCUAUCGCACACCUCUCGUACUCCAAUUGAAGUUGCUCGCACAAGAAAAAGCCGCUCUUCUCGACGAGCAGCUCCGCAGCUUGCAGAGUGGUCCCCAUCACUCUUCCGCACAUAGACCUCCAUCUGUCUUCUCCAAGCCAAGGAAAAGAUUAUCGAGCGUACAUUCCACUGUAUCGCCAUCGGCUUCUUUCAAUCCAGUUCAGAUGACGUUACGCCCUCCUACGCUAGAAUCCACGCCACGCAAGGCAGGGUUUGAGCGCAGCCCAACUACCUCGCCAGUCGGUGCACAACCGCGUAUCGUUCACCUUGGUCCUAUGACACCAGGACUUGCGUCGUUCGACAUCAUUCAGUGA